GCAAUGUUUGUGUUACUCCGUUACACCUAGACGUGUUAUCUCUCGUACAAUCCAGGUUAAAAUGGAUAAUCCUGCGACACGACAACCAAUGAGUGAGUUGGAAUUACUGAGGAUGCAGAUGAAUGCCAAGACUGAUGAGACUCUCGAUUCAACAAGGAACAUGGUUCGUUUGUGCGAUGAGAGUACAAAAGUGGGUGCUCAGACACUGGGAAAGCUGGAGUCCCAAGGCCAACAACUAAGAGGGAUCGAUUCAGAUAUGGAUAAUAUUCGUGAAGAUCUACACGAAGCACAGCGUGACCUUGAUGAGAUCGAUAAAUGUUGUGGUUUAUGCGUUUUACCAUGGAGAAAAGUCAAACCGGAUACGAAAACACCAAAAUAUCCAACGAGUGGGAAUGGUUAUCCAGCUGGAACUAAUAAUAAUUAUCAAGUUAACUCUUAUCAGCCACAGUCAGGAUUCCAAAUCCAGCAAAACCAACAAAAGAGUGGGCCUUUUAUCACCAGAAUCACUAAUGACGCUCGUGAAGAUGAAAUGGAACAGAAUUUACAACAAGUUUCAGGAAUGGUAUCGCAACUUCAUUCUAUGGCUACUGAUAUGAAUCAAGAGAUAACAACACACAAUCAGAUUCUUGAUCGAAUCGAUCAAAAAGUUUGUUUUUUGCACUUUUAUUUUAUUGUUCACUGUUUAGUACUGUCAUCCUUUUUCGCUUAUUCCGCUAAUUAUCGACAUCAUUGAAGAACUGUGAGGUAUAUUGAUCAAGAAAGUCGAAUAGUAUCACUUACUGUCAUACAACAGUCAUAUAUUAUGGCUCAAAUCCCGUGAGUACACGAUUCUGUACUUGGUAAAUGAGACUGAUAUCGUGAGUUAGUUGUAAUUCAACAGUCUAUGGUAAUUCGCCCAAGCUACCUUGUUUGGAAACUCUCACCUAAUUGCCCCUGAAUCCUUAUGAUGUGUACCUGACAUUGAGUAACAGAUAAGAUGUGCGAAACAUGAGGUACCAUGAACGAGAGUUUAUUCUGGCCCACUUUUCUCUUUAAAUUAAUGAUAGUUUAAGACAAUAUGAUACUAUAAUAUCUUGCCUGUCUACAUGGGAAACUAUUUGCUUUUAUUCAGGCAUUAGGAUUAAAGUUGAAAAAAAAAAACCUGUUUUGUAUUUAAAACUUCACUAGACAUUUUCAAAUAUCCAUAGAAUAAAAUUGGUUUUCUUUCAUCCCUUAAUCACACUACUCAGUCGGUAUAUCAAUCAAUAAAGUUAUAUUUUUAGAUAAACGGAUUAACAGUCUCUUAGGUUUUUAUUCCUGCAAUACAAUUUAUAACUAUGUACAUGGACGUUUCGUUAAUCCAAGCCAAAAAUACCCAGUUCAUCUUGUUUAAUUGGUUAAUUUUAAUGUAAGAAAAACAAGAUUCCUUAAUAAAAUAAUUAUUAGCAUCCGAAGUUUAUGUUGAUUGUUCAGUUUGUAGUUUAUAUCAUGGACUGAAUUUAGCUAGACAACCAAGGAACACUGAUCGCUGUUCCAGUUUAAUUAAUAUAGGACUUCUAUUUUACGUCCGACAGGGUUGAACUCCAUUGGUCACGGCUACUAAAAAAAGACACUUAUACUCACUGGACGACAAACAGCACUUUUCUGGUCAAUUCCAAUUAAAAUAAUGAGAAUUCAUAUUCACAUCUUGUUUCAACUGGAUAGAAAUUUGUUUGUUAACUGGAAUCAAGUGAAAUAUUGAAUACUUGUUUAUAACUUUUAGUUGUUACACUGAACGUUAAAUUAUAUAAAACUAAUUUUCAUAGUUGAAAGCGUGAAUCAAUUGAAGCUAGACCACCAGGAAAAACCUGGAAACACUGGACGACCGUUUCGUCCUAUUGUGGGACUCCUCAGCAGUGCACAUCCACGACGUCGCCUCGCGGGAUUCGAACCCAGGACCCACCAGUUUCGCGGCAAAGCACUUAACCGAUAGACCACUGGGCCGGCAUCCGAUGGUGUUUAUGUCUAACUCCAACCAAUCCACGAAGUAGAGCAACUGUUCACUAACCAUAUGAAACGAAUAAACACCACUUUUCCUUGAGAAAUAGUUAUGCAGUCAAGAUAGUGAAAGAUAUCAAAUUGAUUACAAAUAAUCAAAUGUUCCAUACUUGAAGCAUAAAUGGCUUUUCUUAAUUAUAAAUGAUCUAUAAUUUUACUCAACACACUCAGUGCUUAGUUAACCUAAUUGAACUAAGAAAAUGAACUGCAUAGGAAGCUUCAUUUGCUGAGUAAUACAUUUUUACAGCUCAUUUAUGUUAAUUAGUGUUAGUGUGUAUAGUCAAAACUUGAAGCCCUCGAAUUCUGUGGUGAAUCUUAACAAGUUGAAUAAUAUAACCUUUUAUUGAGCUUCCUUACCCUUGAAUUUAAUGUAGCAUACAAUCUCGGUACUUUGUGCGACAUCACUAUAGGCCCAAUCUGAUCUGUUCAUCGUAUCACCUUCUACUUUAAUCGCUGUGAUGAUUACGUUUGGAAUUCUUUUUACGUUUAAGUCUGUAAACAUCUCAUUAUAUUUUCAAGUAUCUCACUCUUUCACGUAGAAAUCGAUUAUUUUUAAGAACCGUAUUUCUUCCUCUUUUAUGGAGAUUUACUAAAAUUUCUCAAGAGUUAAAAGGAACCAGUUAAUUUAGGAAUGUAAAUGCAUCGCGUCUCAAGGAGUGGUAUUCUGAUGACUAAAGCACUUGGUUUUCUGCAACUAGCUUUUAAUCCCUCUUCACAUUUACUAAUGUGGACACCCGGCGCUUUCAUACUACUGAAAUGUGACUCAAAUCCCUGAGUACAUAAAUCUGUAGUUGGUGGAUGCGUUCAUCAUGUAAAAUCCUUGUGUCUAUGUAGAUGUGUUCUGUCGUAUAGUCUAUGUAUUUUUUUCAAGUAGUAACCGAAUGUAAAAUGUAAUCUAGUUGUGAUAUUUCUCUUCAGAAUACAUUUUUAAAAAUUCUACUUAUCCAAACAUUAACUUAAUGCAUCAAUAUAUGGCUUUCUAGGCUCAGUAUAAUCAGUCACAAUUGGAGUUCGCUCAAAAGAAAGCUGAUAAAAUUUUAGGACAAUCAUCGAAACCGGACAACAAAAGUAACAAUAUUUUACCAUCCAGUACAACUCUCACAGCCGCAAAAAUGAUGAUGAAAUAAUGAUACUGAUAAGAAUAAUAAUGAACUUAAUGAUAAUGUGAAUCUUCAUCUGUGCCUUUUGUUUGUUUGUUUUUUUUUGCAGCAAAAUCUACUGAGCAUCCUUUCACGUAAAUGCACUUAUACGUUUUCAUUUUCUACGUAUUUAUCCGUUAUUGUUUCUUCUCUUAAAUUGACCUACUUUUCAGUGCCUUUGAAUCUAGGACCAUCAUUUGUUUUGUAUUUGUUUCCACUUCUUGGUUUUUGAUACCGUGAUUAUUCCUUUCUGUUUAUUUUAUAAAGAAUCAUUUCUUUGUUACACUUUCUAUCUGUUUCUCUUACAACUACUAACAAGACAUUUCACUAUAAACCCCUACAAAAAAAAUUGUAAUUUUCUUUAGGUGCCUUGUCAACAAUACCUUUUUAUUUCUAUAUAUUCAAAUGAGUUACACAGAUGGUAUUUUCUGCAUGUGUUUUUUCUUUGGUGCAUGAUUUUGGUUUAUUUUUGUAAUUUUUUUUGUAUUUGUUCCUUUUUUUUUUCUUUUAAUUGAGCAGAAAAUAUUUCAUUGUCUUGUAACCAUCCAUAAAUAAAUAAUAGCAUACUCUUGAUUCUGUUGAAUAUGUCCCGUGUGUGUGUGUGUGUGUGUUCCCCACCUUGUGUUAUUUAUCAAAGUGUAUUUAAGAAUUAUAAAAUGUACAUUUGAUUUGGAUGAGCCUUCCCUUUGAUUUGUCAUUUACUAAUGUUAACCACUUACACACACUUAAAAUUGCACCACAUACACACACACACACACACGUUUAUUUACUCUUGAACUAAAAUGUAAUAUCAUUACUCUUUUUUUUUAAUGAUUGUAAACAUAAACCAUACGACAAGAGUAAAUUGUGCUUUCACUUCCAUUUCAUUCUCUAUCUUUAACAUUAUGAUUCUUUCAUCCAGUCUUUUUUGGCUGUGUGUAAACGAUUGACAUCUGCAUAGAUAAUGUGGAAAGACUAAUUAUAGUUUCAUAUUUCUACUCAUAUUCAUACAUUUACUUCAGUGUAUCACUGGUGUUUAUGCUACAAAAUACCAUGAACUAUUGAUUAUAAAAACACAGGAAACCAUGAAAAAAUGUAUUAAAACAAAAGUAUAAUUCAAAAAUAAAAUGGUUUAUUCAAAGUAU